AUGUCUGCACCCUCGGGAACCACGUUUAUGCGCGAGACGCACUACGAGUACCCAGAUGCCUUGUUGCAAUGUCGGAAGUCGACCGAUGGGCCAAUAUACAAAAUAAACGCCCACGAGUAUUCCUGCGGGUACUUCGCCAUCUGCAGCUGCCCCAAGAUGAAGCCAGAGCCCGAUACUGCAGGAAAGGGUCUGAUCUUUAACGUUGCGAUUUCAGGGUAUAGCGACCUUCACUGUGACGGCCUUCAUCACCCUCUGCCUGGCCACACCUUCUGCCUCGUCGUAGGGCGCACCAACGAGGCGCGUCAAUCCUGCAACCCGAUAGACCGGUUCGCCAGAAAACACGUUGCCGAACCGACGCGCCGUCUCAUGUUCCGCCUCGGCACGAACCCCGACCUGCAGUCCCUCGUCGCCUACGAUCUCGUCAACACCGUCAGCGACCUCCAGCUUGUGACCGGCCUGGCCGUGCUCGUUUGGCGGGAUCAAAGAUGUCGCCGAUGGCAGCAUAUCGACGUACCACUUCCUGAUCGUCACCGACCUCGCGUGGUUCUGCACGCUCGCCCACCUGCUCUCGCCCGCCGUCACCCGUAGCAUGCGCGACAGCGUGAAGCGGACGCAUCCCCAUGAAGUGCGUAAUCGACAAGCCAAAAGGCGGGUACCCGUGCAAGAUGAUGGUCAUCAACAUGGCGCUGAUGUCUCACAGCUACGCGGUUCAAAUGUUCCUUACUUGGCGCACCGGGCGUAAUUCUUGUUAAUCAUUCCGUUCAUGGGGCUCUUUGGGUCCCACGCGAGGCAUUCCAAGGCACUCGGGGAGCCCGACGCCAAGGUUCUGGACAGCUGCACCUCGGGAGGACCCUGAGACCGGCGGCGGUGGGCAUGUAGGAUAACGAGCAAAAGCGCGACUGGAAUGGAUGGACGACGCAGAAUUACGUAGCGAGCCACCCAUAACGAUGACGAUGCCGAGGCAUGAGGUUUACACCACGAAGAAGUGCAGCAAGUCGCUCAAGCCGAAGAUCGGAUUACUUUUUUCGGAG